ACUGAGGAUGAUGUGAGAAAGAAUGCAUUGAUGUUCCAUGCAGCUGUUUUCAUCUGUGGCUUCAGGCAGUGUUUCAUUUUGCUUUCAGUGUGAUCAUAUCAAUCUUAUAGCAUACAAAUCAUUGAGACUUCAAGCACCAUAGUAGGAAUAAUAAUAUCUAAAUAUUCUGUGCUGACACAAGACAUUGUUGAUUUCACUGUUGUAGGGGAAAGACUCUAGGGCUGCAGAUAAGACCGUUGCCAUGGUCCUGAAGGAGAUACCCAAUAAGGCGUCCUCCGAAGGCAAGCCCCUCCUCACGAUGACAAACAAGCAGGUGAGUGAGCAACAAGAGAGCCGUCCCUUGCUGAGCCCUUCCAUCGAUGAUUUCCUCUGCGAGACCAAGUGUGAUGAAGCUGCCCGCCCAGUAACCUCCAACACAGCAGUACUGUCCUGCUCUCUGGACCUGCUAGAUCUGAGUGAGCCUGGAGAGAAAAGACAAAGCAAAGACAGGAAGAGUCCUCUUUCUUCUAAGGGCACUCCGUACAGGAAGAAGGCCAAUGAAACAGAGCUGAUCCAAGUGGAUGUUGAUCCAAGUAUAACCUGUUCCUGCACACCAGAAAAGAUUUCAUCUGACUCAGCAGUUCCAUCUUCUUUGGAAAAAUGGGAAGAACUCAACCCACACCUGGAGCGAAAUAGUAGCAGAAAGUGGAAACUGGAGAGAAGAUGCUCAUCAAAAAAUUCCGGUGAAUUUGUGUGGUCUAUGGAUUGCAAGACUCAGCUAGACACUACCCCCAGGAACUCCCUAGAGGUCAAUAAUAAAGUAGAGCUGGAAGCCGUGCCAGCAACUCAACUCAACAGGCUAUAUGUUAGUGGAAGACAUGGCCGUUUGAGCAAGGACCAAAGGUGGGGUAGCACACUACUGUCCAGAAACCACUCUCUGGAGGAAGAGUUUGAAAGAGCUAAGGCAGCAGUGGAGUCAGACACAGAGUUCUGGGAUAAGAUGCAGGCCGAGUGGGAGGAGCUCGCUCGCAGGAACUGGCUAACAGACAGUGAGCAACCACAGAUUCCCUUGAAUGUGUCUCCUCAUGAAAAGGGAUACUACUUCCACACAGAUAACCCUUUUAAAGACUGGCCAAAUGCAUUUGAGGAGGGAUUACGCAAGUCCAGAGAGGGAGAGCUGCCUAAUGCCGUGCUUCUUCUGGAAGCUGCUGUGCUGCAGGACCCUCAGGAUUCAGAGGCUUGGCUGCUGCUGGGAACCACGCAAGCAGAGAAUGAGAAUGAGCAGGCAGCAAUUGUCUCCCUCCAGAGGUGUCUGGAGCUCCACCCCAACAACCUCCAGGCCCUCAUGGCCCUGGCAGUGAGCCUGACCAACACGGGCAUGAGGCAGGAAGCGGCCGAGGCACUGCUGAGCUGGUUAAGGCACAACCCCAAAUACAAGCAUCUUCUGAAGAGCCGCACACACCUGCAGAGCUCACCUGGUUCACGGAGACCCUCCUCCACAACAGGCUGCCCCCUGCUGCCUGAGGUGAAGGAGCUGUACCUGGAAGCUGCCCAGCACAACUCGGACACUAUCGACCCAGACCUACAGACAGGGUUGGGAGUGUUGUAUAACCUCAGCUCAGAGUUCAACAAAGCUGUGGAAGCCUUCAACGCUGCACUGUCAGUGCGGCCGGAGGACUACCUGCUGUGGAAUCGGCUGGGGGCGACGCUGGCUAAUGGAGAUCGCAGCGAGGAGGCUGUGGAGGCCUAUACCAGAGCCCUGGAGCUGCAGCCCGGCUUCAUCCGCUCGCGUUACAACCUCGGCAUCAGCUGCAUUAACAUGGGCGCUCACAGGGAGGCAGCCAGUAAUUUCCUGACAGCUCUUGGUCUGCAGAGGAAGAGCAGGAGUCGGCAGCUGUCGCACCAGGUCAUGUCUGGAAACAUCUGGGCGGCCCUGCGGAUAGCACUGUCCAUGCUGGACCAGCCGGAGCUCUUUCAAGCUGCUAAUUUAGGAGACCUGGACUUACUCAUGAGAGCUUUUAAUCUGGAUAUGUGAGCGGGGAUACCCUUGAACCAUGGCAAAUAUCCAAAGCCCUUAAUGAGAAGAACCUUUGUUUCACAGAGCACCUUUUGAGCAUUCCUUAAAACUGAGUGCUAAAUUAUACUGUUUUAAUAGACUUGCACAUCAGUUUAUGAUUACCCUAAAGAGCACAAUGCCAGGGGAAGAUUGUACAAGUAUGCCUUAGAGAAAAUAUCAGCUAGACCUGUAAUGUAACAGUGGGGAACCGUUGGAAUAUUCGAGGACUUCACAUUAGUGAUUCGAUUAGACAUGUACUGUACUGCGUAGACUUCAUGUAUUGGUUCGAUUGCACUUUUUAUUUGAGAGGGUGGGGUUGUUAUAGAUUUUGGUGGCACUUAGUUCAACCUGCUGCAUCAUCCCCUUUAUUUCCUGGAGCUUGGAGACCAGAUUAAAAAGCCUUACUUAUCUUGCAUGUAAAAGAAAUGAUGAAGAUGUUGUCGAUGUGAUAUCAGCUGAAAGCCAUUCCUUGCCAUACUUUGACCUCUUGAUGUAGAAGUCUACGUUCCAUCAAGGUCAUUUUGUAAAACAUACUACAUCAACGAAAUGUUACACUGAUUAUUUUACAAAAUUCGAUGCAUUCGGGAUUUAAGAUAUACUGCCCCUUUUGCCACAAUCAUCAGCCUGGAUUUGACAGGAAAACUAGAAAGCUGCCCAAAAUAUAAGCCAAACUAUUUGUGAGCCUCCCAGUUUUAUACCCUAGUAUUUUGCUACUCAUUUUACUUGUUAUGGUUCAUCUCCAGCCUCCAUGAUGUUUUAUUUUGCUCAUCAGUGUGAACACGAAAGUGCUUAAUGAUGCAUAUGUGUUUCAAAAAAGUCCUACAUUUUAAAAUGCUAUGCAAUCCUAUACAUUUUUUUCUUCUUGCAGCUGGAAGCAGAAGAAAAGCCUAAAGCAGGCUCUAUUUGUGUUGUCCUUUUUUGUGUGAAAACUGCUAGGUAGAAGGUAGAAGAUCUGGUAGUACCCUGUAGAUGGUCUAUUUUAAUUUUAAGCAACGUCUACAUUAAUCCAGAUACAUUUAAAAAUGCAUAUUUUUCCUUCUGUCUACACUGAGGUGGUGUUUUUGUGCUGUGAAAACAGAACGUUUGGAAGAUGCUCUCAGAGUGGAUAAAAUUGAAAUUAAGUUUUUGUGCUGUAAGGUGAAUUGUGAAGACAGACGUACUCGAAAAUGAUGAGACGUUUAGCCAUGUGACGCCUAUUGUAUUUAUAGAUACCUAUGUUUUACGCAUAAGAUGAUUUAAAGGGGUACUUCUCUCAAAAAUGAAAAAUGCACUCAACCUCAAGUUGUUCCAGACAUGGAUGAGUUCCUUUCUUCUGUUUAGCACAAAAGAAGAUAUUUCAAAUAAUGUUGGUAACCAAAUUUUUUCCUCUACCAUGUAAGUCAAUGGCUAACAUGAACAGUUUUCCAGCAUUUUCUGACAUUUCAGUGAGAUGAUAAACUAUUGGAACAUGCCUGAAAACACCAGAGUGUAUGGACUGUUUUAAAAUGAAAAUGCCAUUUACAAAUGUAUCUGGAAAUGUUUCUUAUUUGAAAGUCUCCCUGAUCCAGCCAAGUUUUUAUUUGUAGCAUCAUGUGCUUUUAUUAUUCCCACUUAGUUCAAGAAUUAAUUUGUUAAAAUAACUAUAUCAAUGAAAAAGCAUGCAAAGCACCCAUCAAGUGUUAUUAAUUUAUUAAUUGUAACAAUAUUUAAUUACCGCUCUAUGUAUUUAUUUUAUUAUUCUGUAUCCGAAACUAUUUGGAAAGUCCUGUAUUUGCUCAACUAUACAGUUAGAACAGGCUCGUGCUUUGUAGUCGUUACGUUAGAAGCCUGUGGCCAAACCUUCCCUUUUCUAGAACUUUGUACAAUCUCAGGUGAUGGUCUAGAUGAAUUCAUGCUCCAGAAUUACUCCUGAUGUACGAUCGCAUGCCGAAUAGAAUUAUUUUUGAAUGCUGUAGAUUUAUUUAUAUGCAUGACCUUGACAUGCCUAUUUUAAUCUAUACACUUAAUUUCUAUGACUUAUAUAUAAUGUAUAUCACUGGUAUCACAAUAUUUUGCAUUUCAAAAUGUAUAUUGAUCUAAAGAAUACAGCAUAUUAACUGUAAAAUAUCUACAAACAAGCAGUUUUUGCAGUGCAGUGAGUAAUCUCAACAAGACCUUCUUUAUAGUCACUUAUAUAACUAUUGCAAUAGCCAGAUUUAAUAAAGCCUUUAGAAAUAGAGACUUAAAUAUACAUCGUUAUGCAUCAUUCAGAGCUGUGUUUCUGAAUUUGUACAUGCAGACUUUCUGAAUGUUUGCCAGAGGCUUUAUUAACUCUGGCCCGAUAUUUAACAGAUAGAUGCAUAAACAAAAGUUAUCUUUUAAAAUAAAGUAUUGGAAUAGAGUUCGUUUGCCUUGUUGUUGCUGUUGUUAAAAAAUUAUUUCCAUGAGCACAUUUAUCUGUUAUUUUUUGGUUCCACGGUUGAAAUCUU